UCUCGUAUUCCUCCUAACUUUAGUCGCAUUAUAGUCGAACUUCAUCCCACUGUAUAGAAAAUUGAACUCUAUUUCAACCGCAUGUGCUCUUUCAGCUGAGUGAGGUUCCGUGCUUGUCGCAGUCAGUCGGUGCCGGAUUAAUUCCUCGUGUUGUUAUGGCUCUCGGUAGUGAAGUGAAUGAUGAUAAUGCUACGAAACAAUCAACGCAAAAAGUGAAAAAAUGUCCAGUGACCAGUAAUAUAAGCGAAAAAAGUGGCAGCGAGAAUGUUAACAAAGCUGCUAAAACCGAAAAGACGACUAAAGCAAAGAAAGAGAUGAACACAGGAGUCAAAGCAGUAGUCUGUAGUAAUGGUCACGCAAGUACACCAAACGGACGAGCAGAUGAUGAAGGGGGUGGUGGUAGUGUCUCGUUACCGCGUGUUUCUUACGCAGCUGCUGCACGCAAGGCACCUUCGCCGCAGACUAAUAACUCUCCACCGCAGUUCCCACAAAACACAGAAUGCCCUAAAACAAAAACUUCUAGCGAAAAAUCAAUACGAUCUAAAACCGGCAAUUCGACACAAAUAAACGGUGAAAAAUUGUUAUCGUCUGAUGAUGAUAAUAAUAAAGAUAAAAAAAGUACCAAAGAACCAAUUAUAAAUGGCACUGAAAAUAUAAAUUUUGUCAAUGGUGACCCAAAAAAUAUUUCUGAUUGUGAUAUUAGUAGUAGUGAUAAUACUAAACUAGUUUCUAAUGGAAUUAACAGUGAUUCAGAUGAUGCGAAGUCAAAUAAAUCAGACGAAAGUAAUGACGCAAUUUUAAUUCCCGAGCUACCUGUAAAAGUUUUAGAUUCUAAGUCUGUUGGUAGCAAAAAGAAAGACAAAAAGAAAAGUAAUUCUUUGGACAAAAAUAAAGAUAUAGAAAAGAAAAUAUCUAAAGUCGAAAAUAAUUCAGUUGGUAAUAAAGAUGACGAAAUUUUAAAGAAAUCAGAAAAUGAAUCUGAGAAAACUAAAGAUGAUACAAAAAAAGUUGUCAAUGGUGACAAAGACAGAGAAUCUUCACCUAGUGAAGAUGAAGAUGAAAAAAAGCGUGAUGCUGAAGUUGUCUUUAUACAGGAUAUGGGAUUUACCGUUAAAAUUGUUAGUCCAAGGGCUGAGCCACUAGAUAUUCAGGUUUCAAGUAUGGAGCUCGUGCAAGAAAUACACCAAGUACUUAUGGAUCGUGAAGAUACAUGUCACAGAACUUGUUUUUCGCUUCAACUAGAUGGCGUUACACUAGAUAAUUUCGCCGAAUUGAAGAAUAUCGAGGGCCUCAAAGAAGGUUCAGUUAUAAAGGUAGUAGAAGAACCAUAUACGAUGCGCGAAGCUCGUAUACACGUACGUCAUGUCCGUGAUCUUCUCAAGUCUAUCGAUUAUGCGGAUGCUUACGCCGGUCAAGAAUGUAGCUCGCUUGCCUUCCUUAACGUCAUUACUCAGGGUGAUAUAUUAGAAAAGAAGAAAUCGCGUCCAGAAAGCGUAGACUGUACUCCUCCCGACUAUAUAAUGCCAGGUAGUACUGAGCGACCUUUGAUGGCUUUACAUCCUGGACUAACUAAAGAAAACAAGGCACCGCAGUGUUUAAAGGUGUUGACGACGUCGGGCUGGAAUCCACCUCCAGGACCGCGAAAAAUGUGUGGAGACUUGCUGUACCUGCACGUCGUCACGCUAGAAGACCGCCACUUCCACAUAACGGCUUGUCCGCGUGGUUUUUACCUGAAUCAAUCCACCGAAGAAGUGUUCAAUCCUCGCCCAUUCAACCCUUCCUUACUCUGUCAUUCCUUAAUAGAACUACUUAGUAUCGUAUCUCCCGCGUUUAAGCGAAAUUUUGCUCUGGUACAGAAGAGACGUAUGCAGAAGCAUCCAUUUGAGAGGGUCGCUACGCCAUACCAAGUCUAUCAAUGGGCUUCGCCAAUGCUGGAUCACACUGUGGACGCCAUACGAGCGGAGGACACGUUCUCGUCCAAAUUGGGCUACGAGGAGCACAUCCCGGGGCAGACGCGCGACUGGAACGAGGAGCUGCAGACCACGCGCGAGCUGCCGCGCGCCACGCUGCCCGAGCGGCUGCUGCGGGAGCGCGCCAUCUUCAAGGUGCACAGCGACUUCGUAGCUGCCGCUACACGAGGCGCCGUGGCCGUGGUAGACGGAAACGUGAUGGCCAUCAACCCGGGCGAGGAGCCCAAGAUGCAAAUGUUCAUCUGGAACAAUAUAUUCUUCUCGCUCGGCUUUGACGUCCGCGACCAUUACAAAGACCUCGGUGGAGACGCGGCGGCUUUUGUAGCGCCGCGCAAUGACCUGCAAGGCGUGCGCGUAUACAGCGCGGUGGACACGCCGGGACUGCAUACGUUGGGCACGGUGGUGGUGGACUACCGCGGCUACCGCGUCACGGCGCAGUCCAUAAUCCCCGGCAUCCUGGAGAAGGAGCAAGAGCAAAGCGUCGUAUACGGCAGCAUCGACUUCGGCACCACUGUGCUCUCGCACCCCAAGUACAUGGAGCUGUUGAGUAAGGCUGGACAGCAACUUAAGAUUAUGCCUCACUCGGUCGUGAGUGCGAAUGGUGAGACGGUGGAACUGUGCUCCAGUGUAGAAUGUAAAGGUAUCAUCGGUAACGACGGCAGGCACUACAUUCUAGACCUUCUAAGAACAUUUCCACCCGAUGUAAACUUCUUGCAGUUGGAGGAUGACGAGUUGAGGGAGGAUAUUAAAUCAAUGGGCUUCCCUAUAAUACAUAAGCACAAAUUGUGUUGCCUUAGACAGGAAUUAGUUGAUAGUUUUGUUGAGGCACGUUACUUUAUGUUUAUACGGUGCGCUGCAUUCCACCUACAACAGUUAAGUGCGAAGCGACAGCGAAAGACAUCAGAACAAAAAUCAAUUGAAGCUAACAAGGAAAAUGAUAAAACAGAGGCUGCUAAAGAGACUGAAAAGGAAACCAAGAAGGACAAGAGUCAAGACAAGGAAACUAAAGAUAAGAAACAGAAGAACGAUAAACAAGACACUGCCAAAAAAACCGAAGCUAAGAAAGCGGAGGUCGCUGAGAAUGUGGAGAUAAAAGAAAAAGAUGAUGAGUUGUUGCUCAACGAAAAUUAUUCCGAAAUUGAUACAGAUGUUGCAAAGAAAAUUGUAGAGAGUAUCACUGAUUCGAUAUGCAGUGGUGAAAAAUCUGAAAAUGAUUCCGGAGAGCGCUCCCGUGCCGUAGUGGCAGCGGCGGCCCGCGCAGUGGCCUCCCUCAAGGAGUCGGAGUUCGACGUCCGGUUCAACCCCGACGUGUACUCGGCGGGCAUCAAGCACGCCGCCACGCCCGAGCAGCUUGCCAAGCAGCGCCAUCUGGUCAAGGAAGCUGCAGCCUUCCUGCUGACCACGCAGAUUCCCGCUUUUGUGCGCGAGUGCCUGGAGCACACGUCGGCGCCCAUGGACGGCGCGGGGCUGACGGAGGCGCUGCACGCGCGCGGCAUCAACGUGCGCUACCUGGGCCGCGUGGCCGCCGCGCUGCGCCCGCACGCCUGCCUGGCCUACCUGCACGCCGUGGCCGUGGCCGAGCUGCUGCUGCGCGCCGCCAAGCACGUCUACACGCCCUACCUGCAGGGCUGCGAGGCGAUGUGCACGGGCGCCGCGGCGGCGCACUUCCUGAACUGCCUGCUGGGCGCGAGCGCGGCGCCGGCGCCGGGCGGCGCGGAGGCGCCGGGCCGCGCGCCGCCGCGCUCGCGCCGCCGCGCCCGCCGCGCGCACCACGCCGCGCCCGCCUCGCCGCCGCCCGCGCCCGACUGGCAGAACCUCACGCCCCGGGCGCUCUUCGCGCAGAUCAAGCACGAGCUCAAGGCUUACUGGGGUUAUGAGCUCACUUUUGAUAGCAUGGAUGCUGUUAUCGAAAAAUAUUCUCUACAGAAAAUAUCACUUUUAAGGUCAUUUGCAUUAAAGGUCGGAUUACAAGUUCUGUUACGAGAAUACGACUUUGACAAUAAAAACAAAACUACAUUCUCUGGAUCAGAUAUUAUGAACAUUUUCCCCGUCGUCAAACAUAUCAAUCCCAGGGCAUCGGACGCGUACAACUUCUACACGACCGGCCAGAACAAGAUCCAAGCGGGCGCGGUGUCCGAGGGCCACGAGUUGAUAGCCGAGGCCCUGAAUCUUCUGAACAACGUGUACGGCGCCAUGCACGGCGAAAUAGCCCAGUGCCUGCGCAUGGUGGCGCGCCUGUGCUACGUGACGGGCGAGCACCGCGACGCGAUGGCCUACCAGCAGAAGGCCGUGCUCAUGUCCGAGCGCGUCAACGGCAUCGACCACCCCUACACCAUCACCGAAUAUUCACAUUUAGCCCUGUACUGCUUCGCCAACGGCCAAGUAAGCACCGCACUGAAGUUGCUGUAUCGUGCCCGCUACCUUGCGCUCCUGGUUUGUGGUGAAAAUCAUCCAGAGAUGGCGUUAUUGGACAGCAACAUCGCGCUGAUCCUGCACGCGGUGGGCGAGUACGAGCUGUCGCUGCGGUUCGCGGAGCGCGCGCUGCGCGUGACGGGCGCCACGCACGGCGCGCGCUCGCUGAAGGCGGCCGUGGCGCGUCACCUGCUCGCGCGCACGCUCUCCUGCCUCGGCGACUUCCGCGCCGCGCUGCAGCACGAGAAGGAGACCUACUCCAUCUACAAGCAGCUGCUGGGCGAGAAGCACGAGAAGACUCGCGAGUCGUCAGAGUGUCUGCGGCACCUGACGCAGCAGGCGGUGGUGCUCCAGAAGCGGCUGGCGGAGGCGUACGCGCGCGGCCACCACCACCCCGCGCCGCUGCAGAUCCAGCCGCCCGCCAUGGCCUCCGUCAUUGACAUGCUCAACCUCAUCAACGGGAUCCUCUUCGUGCAGAUCAGCCCUCAAGAUAUAGAGCAGUUUAAAGCGGAGAUAGAGAAAAGACAAUUGAAGGACUUGCCGAUACCGGGCUUGGCCGAAGCGAGCGUGAAAGAAAAGAGCGACGGCGACGAGCCCACAGAGCUGAAAGAUGCGCCAAACGGAGCCGAGAGUUGAAACCCGUGUCCCCUCAUCCUAUGUUGUUAUCUAUUUUACGAUUAUCGAUCGAUCAUAUUAUUGUUCCUUACUAUCGAGGUAUGCCGUAGUGAAUAGUGUGCUAAGGUUUGAUGUAGAUUUUUUUUUUUGUUAGUCUUAUUUUGAGAACAUUGUUUCGAUCAAAUAUGUAUGAUUAAGUUUUAUUAUAUAAAUCGCAUUGUGCAAUAAUUUCGUGCAUCUGCAGUCGGUAUGAUAGGCUCGAUUCGCGCGGCUGGUUGGUUUCGGUCCACAGUUACACGGACACCCAGAGUAGUGCAAUUUCAAGUAGUGAUAAUAGCAAUAAGGUUUGGUUGUGAGUCCGAGACGAGCGCGUAGCUGAAUAUUUACACUGGUGCUACUGCCAUCGUAUUCUUCGUUGAUGAUUUCAAUGAAUUGUUAUUACCGAGUAUUAUUUCUUUUAUAUUGCGGGAUUAUUUUAUCGAAGUACCCAAUAGUUUGUAAAUUCGGUUAUAUUGUCAUUGAAAUGUAACAUGAUGGGAAUCAGUGAUUUUUGUCUUUUAUAAUACUUUACUUGAUUUAUUUUUAUUACGACGAGCAAGACAAUUUAAAAGUAAGUCAUUAAAAAACUGCCUUUAAAACUUGUAUCUUUAUCUCCGAAUUUAGUGCUUUAGUGCCAUAUGUAGUUGAAUUUAAGUUUUUUUUUUUAAUAUUUGUUAGUCUGUGAUAUCCAAUGUUUAUUGUUGAAGACUUGCUUUGUCGUCACAAUUUUUAUGUUAAAUAAAUUUAAAGUCAAUCCUAAAAAUGUUUUAAAAGUGCUUUUAUACAUGAAGUACAAUACUUAGUUUGUGACAAUAACACAAAAAUGUUGUUCAUGCGUCCAUUAAACUAUUAUAUUUAAUAAAAAAAUCUGAAAGAUCCGGUUAUAAAAAAAAUCUAUAUGAAUUAAAUUUAUUUUUAUUGCAUUGUUUUUUUCAAAAGCACCUUUAGUACUUCAAAUUAAAAGACUCAAUACAUUAACAGACAAGCACAAAUCUAAGUAGUAUUCAACAAAUCUUAAUGUUUUAGUAAAUAGGGCGUGAAAUUUUUUUUUUUUAAUUUACCUUACACAAUAAUGAAACACGUGUACAGGAUCAAAUCAUGUUAUUUCAAUAGAUGUUUUUAAUGAAUGAAACACUAUCUGGGUGUCCUUUUCAACACAAGCAAAAGCAAUAUUAUAUAUAUAUAUAUAUAAUUACAGCAGUCUGUUAAUGAUUUGGGUUCUACGAGUUACAAUUAGAAUAGAAGAAACAAUUGCGUAUUUAUCGCUAUAAGCCGGACCGUUGUCCGUACGCCCAUGUUGAAUCUUGUUGUUUGCUAACUUUAUUCGUUGUGUACGUGUAAGGUCGGGCAUCAUUAUUCCUAAUGUUAAAUUAAUCUUAAUAAAAUUGUUCUAUUAUGUACGUGCCUAAACAUACAAUAAUGAUGUUAUUGUUACAUUUCUCUAACAAUAUAACGAUCAUGUAAAUACGGCGCUGUUCGUAGUGUACUAAUAUAAUUCGUUUUUAAAUAAA